UCCCUGGUAUGAAAGUUAUUCGUGUCUCUUUUUAUUUUUUUUCCCAAGGUGGUCAGCACAGAAAUGUGCAGCCUUUCAGUGAUGAGGAUGCAUCAAUUGAGACUAUGAGCCACUGUAGUGGUUUUAGCGACCCUGCUAGCUUCACUGAGGAUGUAGGUCCUGAAGCUGAAGAAGAUGCAACUCAAGAAGACUUGGAGUACAAGUUGAAGGGAUUCAUUGACCUUACAUUGGACAAGAGUGCAAAGACGAGGCAAGCAGCUCUUGAAGGUCUUAAAAAUGCACUGACUUCCAAAACACUCUUUGAUUUUAUUUUGGAACGGAGAAUGACUUUGACAGAUAGCAUUGAACGCUGCAUAAAGAAAGGUAAGAGUGAUGAACAGUGUGCAGCUGCAGGGUUGGCAUGUCUUCUUUGUGUGCAGCUGGGGUCAGGAAUCGAAAGUGAGGAGAUCUUUAAGACCCUUGCACCAGUUCUGAAGAAGAUAAUCUCUGAUGGGACAGCUAAUAUCCAGACUAGACGAGCAUGUAUCACCUGCUUGGGCAUUUGCUGUUUCAUUGUCACUGAAGAUAUUACUGAACUGUACUUCACUAUGGAAUGCCUGGAGAACAUAUUCACAAAAUCUUAUCAGAAGGAAAGAGACACCAAUGGCAUCUCCAGUACUCACAGCACAAUGCUACACAUCAAUGCUCUUCUCACAUGGACACUGCUGUUGACAAUCUGCCCAGUGAGCGAAGUGAAGAAAAAACUUGAAAUGCAUUUACACAAACUUCCAAGCCUGUUAUCCUGUGAUGAUGUCAACAUGAGAAUAGCUGCUGGGGAAACAUUGGCUCUUCUAUUUGAACUAGCACGAGAAAUGGAUGCUGAUUUCUUUUAUGAAGACAUGGAACUUCUGUCACAAAAACUAAGGUCUCUGGCUACAGAUGGAAACAAGCACCGUGCUAAAGUAGAUAAAAGAAAGCAGCGCUCUGUCUUCAGAGAUGUCCUCAGAGCUAUAGAGGAGCGUGACUUUACCACAGAGACAGUUAAAUUUGGACCUGAGCGUAUGUAUAUUGACUGCUGGGUUAAAAAACUAACAUACUACACCUUCAAGGAGAUCCUAGGAUCAGGGAUGCAGUAUCACUUGCAGUCAAAUGAAUUUCUUCGAAAUGUGUUCGAACUUGGGCCGCCAGUAAUGCUUGAUGCAGCAACCCUUAAAACGAUGAAGAUACCCCGGUUUGAAAGGCACUUGUACAACUCUGCAGCAUUCAAGGCUCGAACAAAGGCUAGAAGCAAAUGUCGUGACAAAAGAGCAGAUGUGGUUGAAUUUUUCUAGAAGCCUUUUCUUUAGGUUACAAGUUUGAAGUCUUUUAUAAUUUAAUUUCUCAAAUGUAGCUGACUUCCAAAUGAGGUUAUUUUGUUGGGUUUUUUUAACUUUGUAUAGCCACAUAGUUUACUCUUCCUUGCACAGGGAUUAUGUCUAGUGUAUAGUAUCUGUAAAUAUAAUGCAUGUUAAUUGUGUACUUGGGUAUCUGUUGUGCGUGUAUAUAGGAUUCAUCUGAAAUGGGUGAAAAUAAUUUUGUAAUACUUGGCUCAAUCACUUAUGAAAUUAGUAUAUAUGAUAACAGCCCAAUUUUCCAUGGUGUUGAAAGUUUAAAUGGAUUAGACUGCCCAAACAGUGUGAUUUCAGCUCCUUUGUUUGAUUGCUAAAGCAAAUGAGCAAAUUCCCAAUAGGAGUAAUGUACGAAGAUGGAUAUGCUUCUGGAAGAGCUGCUGCUUCAUAAAAUACUUGAUGGAUUUUAAUCCUUUUUAAACUGGCAGAUGGACACUGAAAUUGUCCAGCAGGGUCACACUUUGCCCUGUACAGGGGUCAUAAAGUCCAGCUUAUCAGCAGUUUAAUGAAGUAGUAGCAAAAACAUACUUGCCUAAAUUUGAUGCACAGAUUUCUACAUACUCUGUAUAAGACUCUGCUUAACCUUUGGAAUAAAGAUCUUUCUCACUCAAAA